AAUGGGCAAUAAAAGUAACAUAAAUCAACAACGUGGGCUCUUGUAAUUAAAAUGGUGAUCAAAAUCAUGACAAAUUUCGUCGAAAUUUUCCUAACUCUUCUUUGGGUAUCCGUGACACAUGCCUCGUCGAAUUGCGGAAAUUUAUGUGGGAGCAUCUGUAAUCUGCAAUUAGUAAAUCCGAAUCAAAAUUUAUCUGCCGGGUCUUCAGUCUCGGUAGAUGUUUCCUGUUCAGUUGUGAAUACGAAUGGAGUCGGUGAUCCGGAACCCUUCGUUCUCGUGCUAACUGCUCCCGAGCAGAUUCAAGAGAUUCUCCUCUCCUUUGACUGUACGUCAAAUACCGCAAGCUGCCUUGUACCUUCUCUAAACGCCUCACUUGAAACUGCGACUCUGUUAGCAUCGAAUCCUCUGGAAAAAUACCAAUUCAACGACUCCGAAGGGGUUAUCAUAGCGUUAUCGGGAUCGGUGCCAGUUGCAAGUACAGUCGAAGUGUCUGCGACUUUGAACGUAUAUGUCCAAAAUUUGUACUCUAUGCGAGAUUCGAUUGUCGUGGUCAACGGAAGUGUUCGCGGGUUCCACGACUUGACUCAUCCAAUCGGAACCUCAGCGCCGGUUGAGGUCCAAAAAACAGAAAUCCCGACUCUCGGGAUGUUGUCGGUGACUAAUGAUGAAACGUAUUUGGCGAUUGGCGAGACGGAUACUAUUGAAUUUCAAGUGUUAGCGGGGGAAGUUGGAUUCACCGCGACGUUGGAAAUAUACUCGAAUUACCAACUGAAUAUCUUCACUUUCAAUAUCGACAACACAAAUCUCGUGAACAAUUUGGACCACGUUGAAAACAUGACGGCACUAGAUCCUCUUCCUUCCAUAUCAGAUUCGGACAAUAACCAAAUGUAUAAAGUGGACUUGUCUGGAUUUUGUUGCGAUGCUGCAACAUCACAUGAUUUUGAGAUUGGAUAUCACUUGUGGGAGACUGCUGAUCAAGGAGACGAAGUGUACAUUAGUGUCUACUUGAAAAACAGCGUCUCCGGAUGGCCUCUGUUUGUGGGAAUCAAAAAUGCAGAGACAUUUAGCACCAAUCCUGGAGUCUCCGUGACCAAGUCGUUGAAGCUCGUAUCGGCUGAUCCAGUGCCUCAAGUGUACAGAGUUCAAAUUGAGGUCAACAACCGAAGUCCAUACCCUCUGAGGUCAUUCAACCUUCUAGAUGACAUCUCUAACCUGAGAGUUCUCGAUAAUUCCAAUCUGCAAUCCCCCUUUGACUGGACACAAACCCCCAAUUCUCUGGAGACCUCUGAACCUAUCAUCACUACAGCACAAACCUCUUUCAACUUCUCCUAUGAUGUGUCGCUGGAUGAAGAUGGAGAUGGAGGCGGAUUCCCAUUUGAUGCAAGACAGUGGCGUGCAGUUCAGGCUUCGUUUGUGAUUGUAGAUGCAGCAGAAUCUGUAGAUAAUUAUCUGGGAAAGGAGUUCUUUGUGUCCCCAGAAUGUCCAGCUUGUUUCACAGCGAGGAACUUGGAAACUAAAGAGACCACUGAUAGAUACUAUGGCUUCAUAGUUGGUGUCAUUCUCUGUCUCCUGUUUGGAUUCCUCCUGGCAAUCUUUAUUCUAUUCAUCUCUGUAUACUGUUGUGGAUUCAACUCCAUGAUAGCAGUGUCCCCAUUGGCAGAUGAAGAGACAUGUGAAGAAAGAGAGAAGAGGCUUCGGAAGGAGUUGAGAGAGAGGAAGAGGAGUGAGCGAGAGAAGAGACACAAGAUGAGAGCCAGACAAAACCAGAUUGUCCCCAAAUCGAAAGUAGCAGCUCCUAAGAGCAAAUCCUACUUGGUGGGAUCUAAACAUGCGUACGAGGCUGCUCUUCAGUCGCUGUGUAGCCACAAGAACACCAAGGAUAAUAUCUCCAACUACAAGGAGUGUACUGUGGUUGAGGUUGCGUCAAUUGACGAUGCGAUCAAAGCAGACAAGGAGAUAGCAUGCAGCGACAUAGCCGAAUCGAUCGAGUUCGAUAAACACUGCGAAGCAACCCGACUUGACCUAAUGAUCAAACUUAUCAGAAAUUUUCUCGCGAGACAACCUAGCGACAACAGCAGCAUUUCAACCUCGUCUGAAGUGAAUGAAGUUAUGACACGGCUGGGAAAAAAGAUUGAGAUUGCAUUUGGGGAUGUGAAGAAGAAAUUAGACGAUGAAUUGAGAAUGGGGUUGGAGAAAUUAAGUAAAGAGAUGAAAAGGUUGCACGAGAGCCAACUAAUGAAGCUGCGUCUGAGACAGUUGAAUGAAAGGAAGCCUCUCUGGGAUUUGCUGAAGAAUGAGCAAAAAAUGGAGAGACAUAGUUUGGUUGAGUUGUUGGACAAGCAACACAAAAGAGAGGUGGAUGAAAUAGUACACGUGCUACAGUUGGAGAAAUUCGAGAAAACUGAAGAACUUAGAAGGGCUAAUGCGACCGAACUUCGUCUUAAACUGAAAGAAAUAAUCACAGAAACUCUGCUCACUCAAAAACAGAUGAUAAACUCCGAGUGGGCUGCCAUAUCCGAUGCUGCCGACUACGAAACCUCAGCCUCUUUUCUUCUAGAUUGCGAAUUCCAACUGGAUUCCAUCACGCGUGAAUUUGAACAAAGUCUGAACAAAUUGGAAUCUUAUCUUGAUCUCUACACUGGGGAUGUGAAGUGUAAGCUGGAGGAGAAGGUGACUUGGAGGAGACACUUUGUGAGGAUGAAGGAGGUGGCAGGAGAUAGACAGAGGAGUGCGCUUAAUCUAGUCAGGGAGAGGAUGAAGAACUUCUUGGACAGUCAGAUCAAACAAGGGCGCAUUGACGAUGUAGAAGAGAGUGGGUGGCUGCUGCGUAUGCGGGGGGAUGUUCUGGCCAUUAAAACAUCCAUGCAGGCUGAAAAGGAAACACAACUCCUAGAUCUCGCUAAGGUGAAGCAAGACCAACAGCAUGCGGAUAGAGUGUUGAAACUGGCUACUUUGAAGGAAGCGGUGGAAAAGUACGACAGGGAGGCCGGGGAGUUGUUUGUCAAAGGCGAAAUAGACACCUCCAAACUCUUCCGAGAACGCUUCGACAUCAUGCGCAAAGAGGCCAUCCAGAACUUGGAAGACGAAAUGACGUUUGACAGAGAGUGUAGUUUGGAGGUGGGCCAGACCAUGUCCAGUCUGUUUGACAAAGUAUACUCUGCCCUGGAGCAGACGAGCAGAGGAUAUGCUAAAAAUUUGGAGGCGAAAGGCUGUAGUGAGGAAGAGGCGGCUGAGAUGGUGGACCAGUUUGAGAGGGACAAGGAGAACAUGAAAUUGACCCUGAAGGAGGAGACAAACCAACUACAGAAGACAUACCAGAAACAACUGGCGAAGAAGAUAAAGAAGUGGAGGGAUCAAAGAGUGGAAGAGAGAAGUGAACAGGCGAAGCUGAGACAGCACGAGGAACGAAUCAUAGAAGCUCUGAUGGUCGACAAGUCCCCCCUUCACUAUUCUAACAUCACCCACCAACUGGAAUUAAUAUCCAAACAGGAUGCCCUCUUGACCUCAAUUGAGAGCAGUGUUUCCAUGCAGAAGCUGAAGAGUCAGAGACAGUUGGAGCAGCUGUUGUAUAGCAGAAUGGAUAGACGGGUGGAGAAAUUGUUGAAGCAGCAAACUCAAGAUUAUGAGGCGCGGGAGACUCGAAAGAGCUACGAGAUAGAAGAUACUUCAGAUAUCGACUUUGUCAAAGCUAUCAUCUCAGAGAGAGUGUCGAAGGGAAUAGUGUCUGUGCCUAGGAAGAAAAUGAGAGAUAUGUUGUUCACGAUCGAGGAAGAUUUAGUCUCAGAGAAACUGGGUAAAGUGAAAAUGCACGAGGAGAAAUUGGGCACAUGUCUGGCAGCAUGGCACUUCCAGAAGUCCAGAGAGUCGGUAUCCAGAGACGAUUUCUACGACCGACUUGUGACCCUCAAAACCUGCCUUCUACUGGAAUUGGGACACCAACAGUCCAAUCGAGACGGCGGAGGAGGCGAUUGGGUCAAACAGGGGUCACCGGGGAAGGUACUCAAUCAGGGAGGAGAAUCUUCACUGGGGGCGAAGUUGAUGAAAGCAUUUGCAGAGAUUAAGAAGAAAUACGAGGAAGAAAUUGAAGCGGAGAAGAAGAAACAGAGCUUCAUUCUCCAGCAGAAGAUCGCAAAACGGGAAGGGAUGAGCGGAGCUUCGGAUACAGAUGAGGAAAUCAACACUUUAACGGAAGAUUUCAACAAAGAAAACUUAAUAGAAUCAGCAAGAGUUCUCAUGCAAGAUAAAAUGGCAGAGUCAAGACGCCAGCGAGAGGAAGAAAUUUUGUCACUCCUGACCAAAGCUGCCAGUCUCAAUGCAAGUGAACUGCUGCUGCUGCUCAUGAUGACAUUUCCUCUAAAACCGGCAGAAGAAAUGCAGAAAUUGGCUGUAGAUUUGACAAUGAACAAGGAAAAAGAUACAAUUGAAGCUGUUGAUGCUGAAAAAACCCUUCCUAAGAGAAGUUCUCAACUUGGUCAAUUGGAACUGACCUUGAAGCUAGAAUUAGCAAGCAUGCCAGACAAAAACACUAAAGACGAAGCGGAGUCUCCAUUUUCGAGAACAAAAGCUGAGUCGAUUUGAUCGGAAGAAUAGUCCGAUGGGAAAAUUGAAAUAGAAGAACUUCGAGUGAAAAUUAUUGUGAAAGGCAAAGUUGGCAACAUCACUAAUUCUAUCUUGAAUCAAUUUUUCCAUCUUCUGUGCACAGUGUAAAUACGGCUGAUUUUUUUUUCUGUAAGUAAUGUUAAUUAUGAUGUAAAUAGUCUGCAAAGCAUUGUAAAUAAUAUGAAUAUAAAGUUCUUAUAAAAUCUUUGAUUGUUUUUUUAA